CCUUCAAAGAAAAACAAUUAUACAAUAACAAAUGUGAUACAGUACUGCAAUACUUUCAGCAAAUCGUGUGUCUGUCCCUUUAAGAAUACGAAGAUUGGUUCUUAAAUCUCGUUGCAGUCUGUUCAGUUUUUAUGAUCUCGCGAUAGCUUUACUUCAUUGGCGGCUGUGUGGCCCCUCUGUCUUAGUCCGGACGGAGUUGUUUCUGACGUUUGAAUGAAAAACAGUGCAAAUUACCUCCACUUUGGACCCAAGAAAUAAUGGCUUCAGCCUUGGAGCAGUUUGUGAACAAUGUGCGGCAGCUCUCCGCUCAAGGCCAGAUGACUCAGCUGUGCGAGUUGAUCAACAAGAGUGGGGAGCUGCUGGCCAAAAAUCUGUCCCACCUGGACACAGUGCUGGGGGCCCUGGACAUCCAGGAGCACUCCCUAGGCGUGCUGGCUGUGCUAUUUGUGAAGUUCUCCAUGCCAAACAUCCCUGACUUUGAGACACUCUUCUCCCAAGUCCAGCUCUUCAUCAGUACUUGCAAUGGGGAGCACAUUAGAUAUGCAACCGACACUUUUGCUGGUCUCUGCCACCAGUUGACAAAUGCCCUUGUUGAGCGGAAACAGCCAUUGCGGGGUGUUGUCGUCCUAAAACAGGCAAUCGACAAAAUGCAGAUGAACACAAACCAACUUACCUCAGUUCAUGCAGACCUGUGUCAGCUGUGCUUGUUAGCGAAGUGCUUCAAGCCCGUCCUGCCCUUCUUAGAAUUGGACAUGAUGGACAUCUGUAAGGAGAACGGAGCUUACGAAGCAAAGCACUUUUUAUGUUACUACUACUAUGGUGGCAUGAUCUACACGGGCCUCAAAAACUUCGAAAGAGCACUGUAUUUUUAUGAACAGGCAAUAACCACUCCAGCCAUGGCAGUGAGCCACAUCAUGUUGGAAGCCUAUAAGAAAUACAUCCUGGUGUCACUCAUUCUCCAUGGCAAAGUGCAGCCACUGCCCAAAUACACCUCGCAAAUAGUAGGGAGGUUCAUCAAGCCCCUGAGCAACGCGUACCACGAGUUAGCCCAGAUUUACACCACCAACAACCCGGCCGAGUUGCGCGGCGUGGUCAACAAACACACCGAGACCUUCACGAGAGACAACAACACGGGCCUGGUCAAGCAGUGCCUCUCCUCACUCUACAAGAAGAACAUCCAGAGGCUAACGAAGACCUUUCUGACACUGUCUUUGCAAGACAUGGCGAGUCGAGUGCAGCUGUCCGGCCCACUGGAAGCAGAGAAAUACGUCUUACACAUGAUUGAAGAUGGUGAGAUCUACGCUAGCAUUAACCAAAAGGACGGCAUGGUUUGCUUCCACGAUAACCCCGAAAAAUACAACAACCCAGCAAUGCUUCACAAAAUUGACCAAGAGAUGUUGAAAUGUAUAGAGCUGGAUGAGAAACUAAAGUCUAUGGAUCAAGAAAUCACAGUCAACCCACAAUUUGUGCAGAAGAGUAUGGGAUCGCAGGAGGACGAUGUCGGUAGCAAAACAUCAAGUUAUUCCUGAGGGGCCUUGGACGGGGAGAGAACGCUGCAGCCACCCAACACGUUCUUCCCAGGAUGAGUUGGAUUUUUUUUAAAGAGGAAAACAAACAAACAUUCUAUUGCAUAAGGACUUUGGUCAAGGAAAAUCUAUUUGUGUGGAAUGAUGAUACAUUUGGUUAUUCUUUCUUCACAGUGUCUUGAGGAUAGCAAAUGGU